AUGGCCGACGACUGUAGUCGCAUCACUUAUGGAUAUGUCGACCCCAAUUUCCCAAGACCCAACACUGAUGACUCGGCAUGUAUAAUCAUCUACGGAUAUGUUCCAUCUCUCGCACUUGGGAUCCUGGGAGUAGUCUUGUUCAUCAUCGCACUAGGAGCCCACAUCUUCCUCCUUGUUCGACAUCGAACCUGGUAUUUCAGCACCACUAUCAUUGGCCUGGUCAUGGAGGUGAUUGGGUAUGUGUUUCGAUUGCUGGCGUCGCAGAAAAACCCAUAUGCCGUAUCAUACUUUGUGGCCCAGUACUUCUGCAUUGUCGUGGCUCCUGUCUUCUUCUCCGCGGCAAUUUACACCAUCAUUUCCGUCAUGAUCAAUGUCGUUGGCCGAACGUACGCACCUCUUUCGCCGAGACUCAUCCUCUGGAUCUUCAUUGUUUGCGACGUCGUUGCAACCGUGGUCCAAAUCACGGGAGCCGCCCUCGUUGGUAGAGCCUACUCGGACCAGAAAGACCCAACAACUCCCAACAACAUCCUGCUGGCGGGUCUGGCGUUCCAGGUCUUCGCAUUUGCCCUUUUCCUCAUCUGCCUCACUAUUUUCGUCAUCAGGGCCAGACGAGUCAUGGACAAAGCACUCAAGCGAUUUUCCGCCGCCAUCUUCAUAGCUGCACUCGCCGUAUACCUUCGUACCUGCUUUCGGUUGGCCGAGACCGCUGAAGGCUUGUUGGAGUACCUGUCGACACAUGAAGUCUUCUUUGGAUGCUUGGAGUUUCUUCCAAUUGUGGUUGCAGUCUACCUUCUCAUAUACUGGCAUCCUGGUCGAUGGCUCAACAGCAAGAGCGAGAACAGUCCAUCACACGAUCAGCUCGAAAGAGACAUUCAGAUGAAAUGA